CUGUGCUCCCGGCUUUAGUCGGAGUUGGUGUUGGAAUCAUUGAGGUUGGAAUAUGUUUUGUGAUUAGGUUAGGUUUCCCUGAGAUCCAUAAUAUAUCUACAAUAGAUUCAAUAGAUCUUUGAUAAAUCGCGAUAUUGUGACCGUGAGGAGGAAAAUUAUCAAGAAAAAAAGAAGAAAAGUCAUAGCAUUUCACUGCCGACGUUACUAGUUGGAAAUUAUUUACAUAAUUGAAAAACAAGAGCGAUUAAGUACAUGUAUUAUAUAUUACAUGUUUACGUAGCGGCGGCGUUUGCACUACUGAACUUAACAGUGAAGGAGCUGUCAAUAUAUUGGCCAAUAAAUAAAUUGUUACACUGUGAAGCGAAUUCGAAGUGGGAUUUAUGAUAAUCAUAAAUCCAUAAUCCAGUUAUCGGAUCCGAAGUGUCGGAUAAUUGAGAAUAUAAACUCCGUCCCUAACAUGUAGCCUCUUCGUAACGGUGAAUAAAUUAGGUUAAGAUCGAAUGGAUUUACUUUCCCUAUCAGUAUUGAAUUAUUGGCUGAAAUUAGCGUGAGAGAGGAACCGUUGAAUUUAAUCUUUAACAAUGAGGACUAGAAAGACCAUUGCCAUUCUCGGAGUGGGUUUGAUCCUAGCCUGCUGCGUAAUGAUUUAUUUAAUGAUGGAUCUAACCCUUCUCCCUCCUGGACAAGGUCCUAAGCUUUCCGUCAGCAAUAAUGAGUGGCUUCAUUUUGAGAACAGAUUGGCAAAAUUAGAGAAGGAUUUCGACAAACAUCAUAAAAUCAUGAACGCUUUGCAGGAACAAGCGGCAAAAAUCAAAGAUAAUCAUGUACCUGUUAUACAACCAAUGAAUCAUUUUAAUCGCUCAAACACUAAGACUCCGCAUUUAGGAAAAAGUCUCACGUGUAAUUUUAAUAUUCAGAAAGUCCCCGAGGUUGAUAUACAGAUGUUAGAAUUGUAUAAGCAAUUAGAGUUUGAUAAUCCAGAUGGUGGAGUUUGGAAGCAAGGCUGGAACAUCAUGUACGAUGAAAAACAAUGGCAUCCCAACAGAAAGCUGAAAGUUUUCGUCGUGCCUCACUCGCAUAACGAUCCCGGCUGGUUAAAUACUUUUGAAAAAUACUAUAUGUUCCAAACAAGGAGCAUAUUGAACAAUAUGGUGAUCAAGCUAGGCGAAGAUAGGAGGCGCAAGUUUAUUUGGGCGGAGAUAUCUUUCCUGAAACUUUGGUGGGACGAUCAAUCCAAAGAGACGAAAGACGAGGUGCGUCGUCUGAUACACGACGGACAAUUGGAAAUUGUCUCGGGAGGAUGGGUGAUGCCAGAUGAGUCUGUAUCUCAUUGGAUCGCUCAGCUCACGCAAUUAACUGAGGGCCAUCAAUGGUUAAAGUAUAAUUUAGAUUAUACACCAAAUUCAGGAUGGGCCAUCGAUCCCUUUGGUCUUUCUCCCACGAUGCCGUACCUCUUGAAAAAUUCAGGCUUGGAGAACCUCUUGAUACAGAGAGUUCAUUAUUCGGUAAAGAAGAGGCUAGCCAAGGAUAAAAAUUUGGAAUUUCGUUGGCGACAAUUAUGGGAUAAUGACGGCUCCACGGAAUUCUUUACUCACGUUAUGCCGUUCUACAGUUACGACGUUCCUCACACGUGCGGCCCGGAUCCGAAAGUGUGUUGCCAAUUUGAUUUUUACAGAAUGCAGAACUUUGGUCUCAGCUGCCCGUGGAAGAUUCCGCCGAAGACCAUAACCAAAGCGAACGUAGCGGAAAGAGCGUUGCUCUUGCUGGAUCAGUAUCGUAAGAAGGCACAGCUUUUCAAGACCAACGUAGUACUUGCGCCUUUAGGCGAUGACUUCAGGUAUACACAUCUCACCGAGUGGGAGGCCCAAUAUGACAAUUAUCAAAAGCUUUUCAACUACAUGAACGAAAAUCAACAUUUGAACGUUCAAAUACAAUUUGGAACGUUGAGCGAUUACUUUGAAGCGGUCAAAGAUAAACGCAACUUAAAUGAAUUUCCUACUUUGUCUGGCGAUUUCUUUACCUAUUCCGAUAGAGAUGAUCAUUAUUGGAGCGGCUAUUAUACCACCAGGCCUUUCCACAAAAGAUUGGAUCGUGUAUUACUAGGUUCUUUGAGAGGAGCAGAGGCAUUGGCUGCUAUAGCUUGGGCUAAGGGCAAUGAUCAAUUAGUAGAAGGCAGCCUUGCGUCUCGUUUGAGCAAGGCCAGGAUGUGGCACUCUCUGUUUCAACAUCACGAUGGAGUUACCGGAACUGCUAGAGACAAUGUUGUGAUAGAUUACGCCCAGAAGAUGAUAAUGGCGUUAAAUAAUUCGGCUCACGUACUUCAACAAUCUAUAGCGCAUUUAUUGAGAACUCCUCAAAUAUCAUCGAUGAAUGUCGAAGCUGUGUAUUUUUCAUUGGAUGAGACUAGGUCGCGCCAUACGAGCGUGGGUGAGAAGCAUGUUCUUAAUCUUGGAGACGAUAAGCCAUCGAGGAAAAUUAUCCUGUACAAUCCUCUCCCAAGACAGAGGACAAAAGUGCAAACUUUGAUUGUAUCGACGCCAUUUGUCAGAGUUACAGAUCGUAAAGGACAGGCUGUCAAGUGCCAAGUGUCUCCCGUUUGGAUUGGUCCAGCUGCACUGUCCGCGGUUAGAUACGAAUUAUCAUUUUUGGUCACUGUGCCAGGAUUUGGUAUUACUACAUACAUAGUUCACGCACUACACAAAGCAUCGUAUACGAAGUAAGCACAA